AUGGACAUUCUCAUCAUGCCUGUGGAUGUGAUAAAUAACCCUCAUCAUGAGCCAGAGAACAAGAAAAUGACGAACAACCCGCAUGAAAUAAUGGAUGUGACUUGCCAUGUUUCCAGCUAUACAAUUGAUGACAUAAUACCACCUCCUCCUCUAUUCGAUGACCUCGUUAUUGAGACCAAUAAAGAUGUCCAUGGCAAGCUGCAUAAAAAUAGUGAAAUUGCAAGCAGCCAGUAUGGAAUUAAUGUUUUCAUUGUUGGGCUAUUCUUGAUGUUUGCGGUCUAUCUGAAGAUCCUUGGACUGACUGAGAGUGAUCGUCUCACCUUCCUGGUCAUCUUGAUGCUGAUACAAGUGGUAUGGAUGAUAUUUUAUAUCUCCAUCAGUGACUGGAAGAAGUGGGCCACCACAGAGAAAGAUGAACAUGCUGGGGCCAGGUGGCUAAGAUGUGGUAUAGUCUUGUUUGCAACAUCCACACUAGUCAUGCAUGCCCUGAAGCUAGGAUACUUUGUUGGAUAUUCAGAAUGUAUGCCCAUAAUUGAGGGGAUAUACCCGGUCACCCAUAUUAUUCACACCUUCUUCCAGGUAUAUUUUCUAUGGUGUCAUUCAAAGGAUGUGAUCAAAUCUUUCAAAACAGUUGAAAGGUUUGGUUUAAUCCACUCUGUGUUUACAAACUUACUUCUGUGGGCCAGUGCAGUAGCAACAGAGUCCGACCAUCAACUGGAGGAGCACAUGGAAAGGCUGAAGUCCCUGGGCUUUCUGAACCUCACUUUUAAUGUAGAACACUUAGAAUGUAACUGUACCACAAAUCUGUGUAUGAACCUUAAAAAAGGAAUCUAUUAUAUCUACCCAUUCAACAUUGAAUACCAGAUUUUGGCAUCUGCUAUGUUGUAUGUCCUAUGGAAAAAUAUUGGGAACAAGACUGGUCAUUUCAAGCACAGCACAAAACUGAAGUUGGAUGGUGUUUUUACUGGGUCCCUCUUAGGACUCAUAGUUGUAGCUGCAACAAUUGGCAUAGUUGUAACUUACCUGUUGAACAUCGGUCACUCCAAAGCCAACAGUGAAACAGCUCUAAGCAUAUACUAUUUUUAUUCAAUAGUGGUCCUGAGCCUCAUGUCCAUAGGGUCUCUGCUUGGACUUGUCAUAUAUAAAACUGAAAGAAUUCCUGCAGUCAAAGAGAGGAGCCCUUCUGUGAAACUUGAUGCUGAGCUGCUUAUAGGUUCUGCAAUUGGCUCAUGGAUUAUGUCAUGGGGUUCCAUCUUAGCCAUAAUAUUUGCAAAGGGUCAUCCAGUAUAUACAUGGUACAACUUGCCUUACGCGAUCCUGGUAAUAGUUGAAAAAUACAUACAAAACCUUUUCAUAAUUACAUACACAAAUUACAAUGUUCAGGAUGAUUGGAAGACUGCUCAUAUUGAGAUACCUAUAGUGACAGGUCAAAUCUCGGUGCCUGCUGAAAGCACAAAAUUCACAACUUCAAAAGCAAAUGAGAUAAAACAGCAAGCUUCCUUCCAACAUAAACAAGCCAAGAUACACAGGCCCCCUGGAAACCCAAAGCUUCAGAACUUCAAGAAAUCACUGCUAAAGAACAUAACAGUUCUCUUGUUUCUUUCUCUGGAUACCACCAGCCUUCGGAUGUCGUCCACAGUAUGA